GCGGGCGAAGACUACAUAGAUCAGAGCGGCGAGCUCACCUUCGACCCGGGCGUCAAGGUGCUCCCCAUCAGCCUCCAGAUCGUCGAUGACACUGCGUUCGAGAACGACGAGGAGUUCUUCGUCGACCUCAAAAGUCCCGAGCUCCUCCUCGCCGACGGGGAGGCCACCAGCGCCGACGCCACCGGGUACCGCGUGGAGGUCGGCGAGAAGGCGACCGCGACGAUAGUGAUCAUCGACGACGACCUGCCUGGACCCUGCUCCGCUUCAAGGGCGACGAGAAGGGUGAUGACCAUCUCACCGUCAAGGAUCGAGGAGCCCGAAGACUUCACGGUGAACUUGUGCGUGGAGCGCAAUAACGGCUGCACCGGGACGGUGUCGUGCAAGUACAAGACCGAGGAUUCGGGAGGGAUGCGUCCGCGCAGGCGGGGAUCGACUACGUGGCGAUGGAGGGGACGCUCGUGUUCGAAAGCGGCAUGA